AUGAGUGAAUCCCAUUUCCCAUGUUUUCUCUUUUGCUUCAUCUCCAUUGCAUAACUAGCCAGUGAAAAAUAUAUAAAGUUGUAGAAUAAUUGCUUUGGAAAUUAAAAUGACUGAGAAAAUGUCGUUUUUUCUUUUAUAAAUACACACCUCUCAUCCCACCUCACUUCCAUUUUCUGCAUAUCUCCUUGUUUAGAUUUGUGGAGCUGUGAAAAAAUCCCAAAAGCUUCCAACUAUGGCCUAUGAAAGCAAAUCCUUGUCCAUGGACUCUCCCCAGAGAAAAUUGGGUAGGGGAAAGAUCGAGAUUAAGCGGAUCGAAAACACGACAAAUCGUCAAGUGACCUUCUGCAAGAGGCGCAAUGGGUUGCUCAAGAAGGCCUAUGAACUCUCUGUGCUCUGUGAUGCCGAGGUUGCUCUCGUAGUCUUCUCUAACCGUGGCCGCCUCUAUGAGUAUGCCAACAAUAGUGUUAAAGGAACAAUUGAGAGGUACAAGAAGGCAUGUGCAGAUUCUUCAAAUACUGGAUCAGUUUCUGAAGCUAGUACUCAGUACUACCAGCAAGAAGCUGCGAAAUUGCGUGCGCAGAUAGUGAAAUUGCAGAAUGACAACCGGAAUAUGAUGGGUGAUGCAUUGAGUAGUAUGCCUGUCAAGGACCUGAAGAGCCUGGAGAAUAAACUGGAGAAAGGAAUUAGCAGAAUCCGAUCCAAAAAGAAUGAGCUCUUGUUUGCCGAAAUUGAGUACAUGCAGAAAAGGGAACUGGACUUGCACAACAAUAACCAGCUCCUACGAGCAAAGAUAGCUGAGAAUGAGAGGGGCCAGCAGAACAUAAAUGUAAUGGCUGGAGGAGGAAGCUAUGAGAUCCUGCAGUCUCAGCCAUACGACUCUCGGGACUAUUUCCAAGUGAACGUGUUACAACCCAAUAAUCACUACAAUCCCCGCCACGAUCAGAUUUCCCUUCAAUUAGUUUAAUAUAUAUGCUUGGUCUGCAUUGCUUCUGCUGAUUUAGUUUAUUGUGGUGGGCGUGUAUAAUAACACCAGAUGAAUGACCAAGAUUGCUUUGGGAAUGAAGACCGUUGGUACCAAGUACGUAGGUAUACGUACGUUACGUAUUUUAGUAUAUGAAAGCGGAUUUCUUGUCUGUAUGUUUAUAUUUAUGCCUGCAGCAAUGUGUACUAAGAUUUCUGUGAGAAAUUACCCUAACAAGUUCCUCCAACUUACAUGUGAUUGAAUCUUUCAUAAUGUUGGUUUGAGCAUAUUAUAUAUGUCUGAUAUAUAAAUAUAUCCAAGGCUGCAUGGAUUAUUUAUUAAUAUAUGUUUGAUUGUGUGA